GUAUUUUUAACUCGAAUUUGUUUUGUGUGCGGUGUUUGUGCAGUUGCAGCAACUUGAGAACAAUAGAUAUCAUAUUUAUUGCAUUUCACGAAGAAUGGCUAAUUUUGGAUUUGCAAACUUUGGGGAUGAUGAUGAAAAUGAAGAAGAAGCAGAGUUCAGUUUUCAGGCUCGAGCACAAAGAGAUGGUCUGAUCUUUCUGAUUGACUGCUCGAAGUCCAUGUUUGACAAAGAAGAUGUUGACAACGAAGAGGAGGAGUCCCAUUUUGAACUCUGUCUAAGGUGUGCCAAGACAACUUUACAAAACAAGAUCAUCAGCAGUGACAAAGACCUUGUUGGGAUCAUCUUCUUUGGAACUGGAAAGUCUCAGAAUCCUAGUGAUUUUAAACACAUUUAUGUGUACCAGGGAUUGGAACAGCCUGGAGCAGACCGCAUUUUAGAGCUGGAGAACAUGCUGGAAGAUGGAAUGAAAACCUUUGACAAAGACUUUGGACACAGCACAGCAUAUUCUCUAAAUGAUGCAUUAUGGACAUGCCAAAAUAUGUUUGCAAACAGCCCUCAGAAGGUGUCCUACAAACGCAUCAUGCUGUUUACCAAUAAUGACAAUCCCCAUGCUGGUUCCCCUCAGCUGCAGCGACAAGCGAAGACAAAGGCGAGUGAUUUGAAUGAGACGGGAAUAGACCUGGAAUUGAUGCAUCUGCAGAAACCAAAUGAAAGCUUUGAUGUCAACAAAUUUUACAAGGAUUUACUGUACACUGCUGAUGAUGAUGUCACAGAAAUGGCAGAUCCAGCAGAAAGACUAGAAGAACUGUUAACCAGAGUGCGCUCAAAAGACCACAAAAAGAGAGCUCUGAGGAGAAUCCCGCUAUCUCUUGGACCGGGACUGGAGUUAGGGGUAGGCGUCUACACUCUAGUUCGUCCUUGUUACAAACCAUCAGCUGUAAAGUUAUCCAGGAAUACCAAUGAGGAACUCAAAACUCACUCAAAGACAUACUUAAGGGAAACCGGUGAAGUAUUGAUGCCGCAGGACCUUAAAAAAGCACAAACUUAUGGCGGAAAGAGGAUUAGUUUUGAAAGCGAUGAAAUUAAUCAGAUCAAGAACUUUGGAGAAACAGGUUUUCAGCUGAUGGGUUUCAAAUCCUCCAGUCUUCUGAAGAAAUAUUACCAUGUGAAACCAGCACAGUUUAUAUACCCUGAUGAAACUAACAUCACUGGCAGCACCACACUGUUCACAGCUCUGCUUAAAAAGUCAAUAGAAAGGGAUGUAACUCCCAUCUGCAAAUACAUCAGUGGCAAGAAUUUUCCUCCACGCUUUGUAGCCUUAUUGCCACAGGAAGAAGAAUUUGAUGAACACAAUGUCCAGAUUUCACCACCAGGUUUUCAUGUGAUUUACCUCCCUUAUGCUGAUGACUUUAGGAAAGUCAAGUUUGAGGAACAGCCAAAAGCCAGUGCUGAACAGAUAGAGAAGGCCAAGGAAGUGAUAAAGAAGAUGAAGUUUACAUUUAACAGUGAGAGCUUUGAAAAUCCGUCACUGCAGAAAUACUGGAGGAACAUUGAGGCCCUGGCCCUCGAUAGAGAUGCCCCUGAGGAAGUGGAGGAUUUCACUUUGCCUAAUGAAAAAAGAAUGACAAAGAAGGCUGGAGAAGCAAUUCAAAACUUUAAAGAUAUUGUAUUUCCAAGUGGAUAUGAACCAGGGGCCAAAAAGAGGAAGGCAGGGGGAGCUGCAGGGAAUGCUGCAGCUAAAAAAGCCAAAGCAGCAGAAUCUUCUGGGUCCAUUGAUGUCAAGAAAGAAGCUGAGGCAGGAAGGCUUGGGAAGUUGACAGUGGCUAUUUUGAAAGAGAUUGUGAAAAAGGAGGGAAUCUCAACUUCUGGCACCAGGAAAGCAGAUCUUAUAGAUGCCAUCAAUGACCACUUUGGAUUAUAACAGCAUCAUCAUUUUGGAUGUAUUUUAUGUUAGAGACAUCAGUGUGUAUGGAAACUUUCUUCUUGUAUUUAUCAUUGUUGACAUGUCAGUUUGUAAAGAAAUUAGAAAUGAAUCCGAUGUAUGAGAGUUUAAUAAAAUGUAGCGAUAACCACUA